GUCGAGAAUCGGAAGUGCGUCAUCAAGUGGGAAAUUCAAACUUCUUGAGCCGUAGGCGAAUCCGCAACCAAAUAAUAUAUCGCUUCGCGGAGCAGAGUAAGAAACGGCUGAACUUUGACCUGCGGUCUACAGGAGGCGCCUGGCUGAGUCGAGAAGAUGCCGGUGGAUGCCAAUGCGGACCUUCUCAAGUACUACGAAGUGUACGAGACCAUCGGUUCUGGUGGGUUUGCCAAAGUCAAGCUUGGCCGACACAUCCUGACUGGUGAAAAAGUUGCAAUAAAGAUAAUGGAAAAGAAAGACCUUGGGGAGGAUCUGCACAGAGUGAAGAUUGAGAUCGAAGCUAUGAAGCACUUGAGCCAUCAGCAUGUUUGCCAACUCUAUCACAUCAUUGAGACACCUACAAAGAUCUUCAUGGUAUUAGAGUAUUGCCCUGGAGGAGAGCUGUUUGACUACAUCAUAGCCAAAGACCGCCUGUCAGAAGAGGAGACUCGUGUGUUCUUUCGCCAGAUUGUCUCAGCCCUUGCCUACGUACACAGCCAGGGCUAUGCUCACAGGGAUCUCAAACCGGAGAACCUGCUUAUUGAUGAAGACCACAAUUUAAAGCUGAUUGACUUUGGUCUAUGUGCUAAACCUAAGGGUGGACUUGGCUAUGAGCUGAAAACAUGCUGUGGCAGCCCAGCAUAUGCUGCUCCAGAGCUCAUCCAGGGCAAGGCCUACAUUGGUUCUGAGGCUGAUGUGUGGAGCAUGGGAGUGCUGCUGUUUGCCUUACUCUGUGGCUACCUGCCCUUUGACGAUGAUAACUGCAUGGCUCUCUACCGGAAAAUUAUGAGAGGUAACUACGACAUUCCUCACUGGCUCUCUACUGGCAGCAUCCUUCUCCUCAACCAGAUGUUACAGGUGGAGCCAAAGCUCAGAAUCACAGUGCGCCAGCUGUUGGGCCACCCGUGGGUAAUGAAGGGCUACAGCAGCCCUGUGGAGUGGCACAGCAAGCACCCACUGGGGCACAUUGAUGAGGACUGUAUUACAGAGAUGGCAGUGUUCUACAAGUGUUCCAGGAAGAGCACUGUCCAGCUUGUGUCUGAAUGGAAGUAUGACAACACAACAGCAACAUACCUGUUACUCCUGGCAAAGAAGCGACGGGGUAAACCAGUGCGUCUCUGCCCUGAUGUACAUCUAGAGAAUGUCCCCUGUUCACCUCUGCAAGAGCUAAAGUCCAAGAAGACCUUGAACUUCAACGAGGGGGAGAGUGUCCCCAGUCCCAUGGUCCUGUGCUCUGUGGAGGUGCCUUCAGACUGCCCUGAGGAUGACGAUCAUUGGGUGGCAUUCUUGCAAUGUCCCCUGACAGAUAAUCAGAAGCAGGCUGGCAUCUUAGAGCAGCCCCUGUCCAAACUGAAACCAAACCCCGCAGCUGUCCGAGAACCCAUCCAGUCCAAGAAAAGGGAGAAGAACAACAAGGAGAAUCUGCCUACCACUGCACCAAGUCAGAAGGAUGGGGAAACCUUUGCUCUCCCACCACCACGCACCCCAGUGGCCCAUAAGAAAAGCACACGGCCAAACAAGGCCAUUCUUGCAGCACCAAACAGCAGCACUCCCUCAGAUACACACGGGGCGAGCCGUGGCAGCGCUCUGAGGGAGCUGCCUCGCACUCCAUGCCUAGAUCAAGUGACCCGUGGGGAGCUGGAGGUCAUGACCCUGAGCCCUGAGAGGAGGUCUCGCUCCCUGGACAUGGCUGCGACACAACCUGACAGUGGACAGAAGCGCAAGGGGACCCGGGUGUUUGGCAGUCUGGAGCGGGGGCUGGACAAGGUCAUCACCAUGCUGACACCCAGCAAAAGGAAGGGACCGCGUGAUGGUCCACGCAGGAUCAAGGCACAGUACAAUGUGACCCUAACCAACCAGGUGAAUGCAGACCAGGUCCUUAGCCAGAUCCUCAGCAUCCUGCCAGAGAAGAAUGUAGACUUUGUGCAGAAGGGAUACACACUGAAGUGCACAACCCAGUCAGACUUUGGCAAGGUGACCAUGCAGUUUGAGCUGGAGGUAUGCCUUCUGGCCAAGCCCGAGGUGGUAGGCAUUCGCAGGCAGCGGCUCAAAGGAGAUGCCUGGGUGUACAAGCACCUGGUCGAGGACAUCCUGUCCACCUCAAGAAUCUGAUGACUUGCUCUGGCCAAGGACCCCAACGCUGCUGCCUUGUUUUAUAAGGCGCAUCAGCUGAGCUU